AUGUCUUCCGACUCUUCUUCCAAUUUCGAGGCCGCGAUUCUUCCCGAACACCGCAGGGAGGAAACUUCUACCGAGAUCAUGAGCUCGGGAUCUACGGAGCAUUCCUCAAAUGCUUCUCUGGUUCGGAAGAACUCACGGGUCGUCGAGGUCGGCUCUGGUAGCCGAGUUCCGAUUCGGGCUCCGGAACGGAUGGAUCAAAAUCUCCGCGAGCUUGAGGGCCAAGUUCCUGCUGAUUUGGUCCUAGGACGGGAGCCUGACGUGAAGACAGACAAAGACGCUCCACUGUGCAAGGUCGGGGAUGGAGGAGCGCAGGAUCCCAAUGAUGACGACAUGAUGCCGAUCGCGGAUCGGCCGUGUAUAUGCGCCCCGGUAAAAUCCACAUUGUCAUCUCCGAAGACAGUUCAGGCUGCUAUGCUGAUCGGCGAAGCUCCUCCCGGAAUCAUUAUCCAGGUUCCCGAACUGGAUAAGCGCCCGUGGGAUGCACCCGAGGACUUCAUCUGCGUCUACGAAGCCUAUUUCCGCGAGGCCGGGUUGAAAUUUCCCCUUCCUCGCUUGUUGUUCGCUUACUGCCAUCGUCGCGGCUGCGCGAUCUUGCAGCUUCAGCCCGCGUUAAUAGUGAAUUUUGUCGGGAUUCUCCAGCUCGGGCGCGACAUCCGGGCUCACAUCAACGUGGCCCAAUUCGAGGAGCUCUUUAUUAUGAAGGUCUCGGCGGCGAAGAGUUGGUUUCUGUCGGUGAAUUGCAACCCGAAGUUCGACCUGGUGACUGGGAACAAGGCUAGCAAGUUUUCGAACUGGGAUCAAAACUACUUCUUUGUUCGCGUGGAUUCGGUAUCUGCUGAGAAUCCGGAGAGCACGUUCCGGACUGGCUGGAGUGUCGAUUUCGAUCGCCACGUUCCAGGGUUUAUCCAACGCUCUCUUACGUCCGACCUAGCGAAGCAGCUUAGUAUCGCUGGUCAUCGCCGUUGGCCACUAGCGUAUCGGGAGAAGAUCGAUCGCCGGAUAAAGAGAGCUCAAGACAGAGCCAAAUCAAGGGCUGAACCCAGCUCGUCGAGGCCGGUACCGAAGAAGAAGAAAACGAAGAAAAUCAGCAAGUCAAGUCGGAGAAGGAUGGCGUUCGACAGAUCAGAUAUUCCCAUGAAGAAUUUUGGGGCUGACGAGGAAGAUGAUAAUGCCCCGAUCGAUAUCGUCGGUCUCGACGGGAACGAGGCCGGUGAUGGCGUUGGAGCUGCUGCCGGGGACGAGGUCGACAAUGCCGUUGGCCUGGUUGAUCCUCUGAUCCCGGUUGCGGAACCGGAGGGCGACGAGGCGGGAACUAGUGUUCCUGAGGCAAUUCCUCAGCCCCAAAUGGAGGAUGGGGAAAUUGGUGAGCAGGAUGAGGACGAGCUCACCAUUGCCGACCGCGCCCGGAGGAAGAAGGGCAAGUCCUCGAAGAAAUCGUCUCGGAGGAGGGGUGGUGAUCCCGAGGCGGCUGUGAGUGAGGGGACUCUGGUCCUUCACGAAUCACCUAACGCUUCUCAGGUUCCUCCAGCGGAUCCGGCUGCUGAUACCGAGAACCCGAGGUCGUCCAAGAGGCGUCGGACCUCUGACUCAUCCUCCUUCUCAGUCUGGCUCAAGUACAACAAGGACCGGUCUUUCUUCGACGACUCGUCUGCCUGCGCCGAGCUCUUCAGGCAGAUCGUGCCAGCUUCGUCUCCAAUGCCUGAGACCAAAGACCUCUUCCGCCCGAAGUCUUACGCUCGGGUCGCGAGAUCUGCCUCUGCCCUCGUCUGUGAUACCAACGAGCUCGUUCGCGAGUACGACUCCGAGGUCGACAGGUUGAGGGGGAUCAAUGCUGAGAUCGCUGCUGAGAGGGCGUCUCUGGAAACGUCGUACCGGGACGAAAAGGAGAGGUACGAGGCUGCUGUGCUGGCCUUUUCUGAAAAGGAGAAGGAGAACGCGGCUUUGAAGGAGCAAGUCGAGGCCCUGAUGAAGCGGACUGUCGAACUGGAGGGGGAUGUGGACGCUCUGUCCAAGUCGUUCAAGACCAGGGAGCUCGAGAGGCGGAGGUAUCGAGACGCCGAGUCGAAGAGCAGGAAGAUGCUGGCCGCCCUUAGAGGCAAGUACGAAGGGAAGCUCUCCAAGAUGAAGGACUUCAUGGACAAGUCCGAACUCCGGAAGGCGCCAUUCCUCAAACUCAACCAGGCGACCGCUCUGGUCGGCUUCUGCGACUUCCUCAGGAGGGAGCACAACAUGAUCGUCCCGCCUCACAUCGUGGAGAUGUACGGGCGGAGGGUUAAGAAUUGCACGAGGGAGGUCGAUGACAUUCCCCUUCCGCGGUUAAAGAACGAAGACUUCCUCCUUCCGAGCGACGACGACCUCAUCCCGAGGAUUGUGCUUCCACCGGGAACGCAGGUUCCAGAGGGCUUGGAUCAGUUCGGCUCGAACUCCAAGUCAAUCUCGGCUGAUCGGGCAGCAAGUCUCAAGAGUCCGGCGUCCGUUGCUCGUCAAUGA